GCAGUAGAAGUUCUUUUGCUGUCCACCCACAGCGCCACAUACCUCUGUAGUAGCAGCAGUAGAAAAUUAGCAAAAGCUAGAAAAUUUCAUUUAUCACAUCUAACAUCUACAACUCUUUGACAUCAGCUGGGCUCCCCUCUCUGGAAUACAGACCAAAAUAAAUAAUGUCACAACCGCCACAACCUGGUUUUACUGCUCCUCCUCCCGGUUAUCCACUACCUGCCUAUCCUCAGCCAGGUAAUGCACAGCCUGGUUAUCCCCAGCCUGGUUUUCCGCAGCCUGGCUACCCUCAGCCUGGUUACCCUCAGCCUGGUUACCCACAACCUGGUUACCCGCAGCCUGGUUAUCCGCAGCCUGGCUAUGCCCCUCCGGAUGGACAAGUUUACCCCCAACCUGGUGGCUAUGGGCAGCCCAUGGGAUUUGGAGGGCAACAGCCGCCGCAGUAUGCCCCAGCUGCAUACCCUCCUCCUGGAGGACAAGCCUACCCUCCGUCGGGACAAACUGUAACUGUUCAGCCAGGUUCAGUUGGAGCAGCUUCAGGAGACGUUUGGAUGAAUUUGCCUCAAGGCGUUCCGAUGUGCCCGCCAGGUUUGGAAUACCUUACAUCGAUUGACCAACUCCUUGUGCACCAAAAAGUAGAAGUUCUUGAAGCUCUGACUGGCUUUGAGACCAAAAACAAAUUUACUGUGAAAAACUCAAUGGGUCAGAAAGUAUACAAGGCGGUUGAAGACACUGAUUGCUUGACACGAAAUUGCUGUGGUCCAUUGCGACCAUUUGACAUGAAGAUUUUGGAUAAUUUUGACAAUCAAGUAAUUCACCUCAACCGUCCACUAGCAUGUGACUCGUGUUGCUUCCCAUGCUGCUUGCAGUCUAUGGAGGUAUCUUCCCCGCCUGGUAAUACCAUUGGCAGAAUCGAACAAGAAUGGAGUAUUCUGAAACCCAAAUUUGUCAUCAAAGAUCAUAAUGAUGAAGUCGUUCUACGAAUUGAAGGACCUUUCUGCACUCUCAGCAUCUGUGGCAGUGAUGUUAAAUUCAAGGUUUUGAGUAAAGAUGGGGAACAUGAAGUCGGCAAAAUUUACAAACAGUGGGCUGGUGUCUUGAGAGAGGCACUUACAGAUGCUGAUCACUUUGGGAUCACCUUCCCCAUGGACUUGGAUGUUCGUAUGAAGGCUGUUAUGCUUGGAGCGUGUUUCCUCAUAGAUGCAAUGUUUUUUGAGAAGAAGCAAGAUGGUGCUGUGCAAGCUUUGUUGUAGGAUCUGCAAAACAUUGUGAAGCAACAUACUUCACCGUAACAAGCCGGUGAGUCAUGACACGUUUUGAAACUUUCUGUGCUAUUGUUUAUGCUGUCACUGAAAGAAAAGACUAAUGUUGAGUUAUAGUCUUUAAAGCCUUAUUCUUGUUUCUUGAAACUUAGCACAUGUUUGUAUUGUCCUUUUUGUUUUUCUUGGAUAUUUAUUGCAUUUUUUGCCAUGCCAGGUAAAACAAAAGUUAUUGCUGUGCUUCCUUUAUUGGUAUUUAAUCCUACUAGUAGUAACUGUCAUUUACCCUAAGUAGGGCUACCUUCGUAAUUUGUGUGUUCUCUUUUUUUAAAUUUUGUUCUUGUAAGUUGUGUGUUGUCUUUUUUCUUUCUUUUUUUUAAAUUGCAUUGAGGUAUUGUGUUUUGAGUGUUCUGGUUGUUAUAGUAUCUCUCAUACUUUUUAAAAUACAGAUCAAGAAUCUUUGCACACUCAGUAUUUUUGUGUACUUAGAUAAAAACUACAAACUAUUCCAGAAGUGCUUUAGCUGACUGAAUGUCAUACUGUGACGGCCUUCCUUGAUUGUUACCUGAAUGUUAGGACCCUUAAUACUGCUAGCUGUUUUAUUAAUCAUGUUAAUGUUAAUACGUAUGCAAUGGUGCCCAGACAUCUCAAAGCUGAUUGUGCAAAGACCAUUUCUUACAACGGCAACAUCGGCUGUCCAGUUUGGGUGUGACUGUCUGUAUUUACGUUGUUGUAUUUGUUUCAAUGUGUACUUGACCACACACAUAAUGAAAUGUGGCCUUCUAAUUCAAUUUGACUAAGUUUCUUCACCAUUGCUUUUGGUGCUUCGUCAUGACUGUAACCUCUAGUCUGCAUCGCAUAAAACUCAAAAAAAUUAAAAUGUCUUAUUUUUAUGCUAUAGAAAAACAAAAUAUUCUCUUUAUAAAAAAACUUACAAUUAUUAUAAGAAUUUUUAUGGAACAAUAUUGUGUAAAUUUAAGACUUAACAGAUCAUGGUAUUAUUUGUAUUUUUAUUCCAUCUUGUUACCCUUGCCACUUUUGAGAAAAUAUAUACUCUGUAAAAUUUGAUGAUGUGUUAAAAGAUUAUGAAAUAUAUGAACCAAAGAUUUGAA